CCUAGACCACACCUGAACUUCACUAAUAAGCAACCCCUCUCCCUCUCCCUCUCCCUCUCCCUACGAUGCAUAGACAGUCUCUGGGGUCACCAGUCUCGAAGCUCCACGGCCAUGGCGGAGCCAAGGACGACACCCUCAUAGUCGAAGAGCCAAAGCGCAACGACAACCUUUAUGACGACAACGAAGACGAGGAGGAGUACAAAGCAUCGAAACCCCCCCGUCUGUCUUUGUCGCCGCCGCCUCCGAGGCCCGAGAAGUUCGUCCACGUUAUCCCCCUUCUCACCCUUUUCUGCUUCCUCAUCCUUUACCUCUGCUCCCACAAUCCCUCUCAGUCUGAUUUGGCUCAGUUCAAUGGAUUUAAGAGACCGGCUAAGCACAUAGACGAGAUUAACGAUGUCGAUCGAUUUAUUGACCUCCAAAAAGGCGAUGUUUUGGCGAUCCGAAGCCUCCGCAACCUGCAAGAGCUCGAAAAACGCUCCCCGAAAUAUCGCUCCCACCGAAAACACGCCGAUUUCUAGGCCGCAUUUUCUCCCGGUUGUCCUCAUCUUCUUCACACCCCCGAAUCUCCGUCUGCUCUAUCUGCGGUACGGGGUUCCGACCACGCGAGUGUCUCAGUAGAAACCACACGUGCGUUUCGUCUUCCCAUAUCAGUAUUAUUAUUUAUUUAAUUCUGGCACGUGUAUGUACAUCCGAUUGCAGCAUUGCUAAAAUGCUAGGCUUGUUAUAUUUUUGUUUUGGAUUUGUAGAAAUAUUUUCAAACGGACAGAAUAAUCAUCUUAAAGAA